CAUUAUAAGACACUUUGAUUACUGCUUUAUCCUUCUCCACCGCCCCCACCCUUUCCCUCCUCGACGCUAGGGUUUCCUCUAACGCUCUUCUUCUUCUUCUUCUCCACGCGAGAAAUUAGAGUUUCUCCUCCGCCAUGGAUGCGCAAAGAGCUCUUCUCGAUGAACUCAUGGGCGCAGCGCGGAAUCUUACGGAGGAGGAGAAGAGGGGUUAUAGAGAGAUCAAAUGGGACGAUAGAGAGGUUUGCGGCGCUUUUAUGGUGCGAUUUUGCCCCCACGAUCUCUUCGUCAACACGAAGAGCGAUCUCGGACCUUGCCCUAAAAUCCAUGAUUUGAAGCUCAAGGAAAGUUUUGAGAAGUCCCCUAGACAUGAUAUGUACGUCCCAAGAUUCGAAGCAGAUCUCGCCCAAUUUUGUGAGAGACUGGUGACAGACUUGGACAGGAAAGUCAGGCGUGGUCGUGAACGGCUAGCCCAAGAUGUAGAAGUAACGCCUCCUGCAAUCCCAGCUGAGAAAUCGGAGCAGCUCUUGGUGCUAGAAGAAAAAAUCAAGAAACUAUUGGAGCAAGUUGAGACACUUGGUGAAGCUGGAAAAGUUGAUGAAGCUGAGGCUCUUAUGAGGAAGGUGGAUAUGCUAAACGCUGAGAAGACAGCGUUAACCCUGCAAUCAAAUGACAAAACGAUGAUUCUUCCCCAGGAGAAGAAGAUGGCACUUUGUGAGAUAUGUGGCUCCUUUCUAGUGGCUAACGAUGCGGCUGAGAGGACACAAUCUCAUGUAACUGGAAAACAGCAUAUUGGUUAUGGAAUGGUGAGAGAUUUUCUGAAUGAGUUUAAGGCUGCAAAGGAGAAGGCGAGAGAAGAAGAGAGGCUGACAAAGGAGAAAGAGAUGGAAGAACGAAGAAAGAGGAAAGAAAAGGAAUAUGAGAACAGAGGUACAGAAAGGUCUGGAGAGCGUGAUCGUGAGCAUGACCGUUACAAAGACCGAGGUUCUGAGAGAGAAAGUUCUCGAGAACGGAGCGGAACAGGAGGCAGGGAUGGUGGGAGGGGGUCAGAUUAUAGGCAUGAUUAUAACAGAAAUGGCAGAGAUUCCAGGAGGGAGAGAUACAGAAACCGCAGUGAAGAUGUGCCACGGGAUAGAGUCCGCGAAAGGAGCAGAUCCCGCUCUCCAAUCAGGCAUGGUUAUAGGAGCUACGUUGAAAUCACAUGGUCUUCUUAUUAGAGGGAAAACGUUUUCAGGUAGGUAUAAUCUGUCCUCUCUACAUUGGAAGUUUUGAGUUGAUUUAUGCUGUGGCUCCAUAUAAAUGCAUGUUUGGGCUGUUUUGUUGCCUUUAUCUUAGUUAUGAUGGCAGUUCAAUCUGGUUAACAUGAAUUAUGAAUUACCGAGGAAGGUGUCUGUUGAUCAGCUUAUCGAAGGUAACAUGUGUUAUAUAGUCGUUCGAUUUUUUUGUUGCUGCCAACCUUCCAGGCAAGUAUUCAUCUAAGCCUAUGAUUUUCAAGUAAUCUUAGCACAAAAAAAUAGUUUUCAAGUAAUCAUAUGCUUAAGAAGCAUUCCGAGGGCUUAAAGGAGAAUCAUGAAAUUGUUAAACGGCACAUAUAAGCAUCUAGUCCUUGUUUCUUGGUGUUUCUUGGUGUAGAGAGAAACUAGACCUUUGAAAAAUAACUUACACAAAUUGUUUUAGAUGUUGUCAAGCCAUUACUUGGUUUUCUUUUGGAUGGCAGUUCAUAGCUCAGAAAAAGUCAGUCUUGCAAUUGGAAGUAUGAAUAAUUUGAAUUCUUUGCCGUACUUUUUGAACACUUUAUGUAGCUUCAGCAUUUAUUUUCUUUGGUUGCUGGUUUAGGCACACAUAUAUUGAAGCCCUUGACUUUGCAGAGCUAUGGUACAAAAACAGAAGCUACGCCGUACGCGGCUUCAAGUUUUUUGCUGAUUUAGGAUUAAUUGUAUCUUGUCACAACCUUGAUAACGACUAUAUAUGUGAUGCAAAUUUUAUUGUUGAUGCAAAUUUUAGUGCUGAGUAUCAUGUCAGUUGAUAAUAGCCGUAGCAUGUUGGCUAAAUGAAGAUUCGGCAACUAUCGGUU